GGCAGUGAAGACAUUCAUAAAAUAUAAAGUGAUUGGCACUAACAGUAGUACCCAGUUGUAUAUCGAUAAAUACAUAAAAAUAAAUUUAAAAGAGUACUUUAAAGUUGCUACACUGUUAGACAGUAGUCUAAUAUAUUAUUUAAUACAAACUAAGAUUCAGAAAGUUUUAAUUAUAUCACAAUACUCUCAUCGUAGUAUUAAAAUUUGCAUGUUUAUUGACAAAACAAGUAAAGCAAUGAGGGCUAUUAUUAUAUUUGCUUAUGUAGUAAUAAUUGUGGUUGACAGUGUACAUACUGGUUACAGUAACAAAACUAUGGAAGGAUACAGAGCUUCGUUUUUAUUCGAAUGUGAGUCCCGGGUCAAUGAAACCAGCUAAAAUAUCAGAGGAGCAUUUAAAAUUUAUAGAAAUGUAUGUAUCUGGCGCAAAGGCUACAAGUAAGAAAAGAAAUAAAUAUACUUUUAAUAACAGAGGAGAUAUGGCAAACGAUCCUACUAUGGAUUGGAAUAAACCAAUUAUUAUGUAUAUACCUGGGUGGAUGGACAACAUGAACUUGCCCAUGGGAUCAAUAAUGGAAUCUCUUUAUAAGAAAAGAGGAUAUAAUGCUUGGAGACUCAAUGAAGUACAGUUUGUCAUUAAAGAAUAUCCUAUAGCUGCUCGAGCAGUAGUUGCCAUCGGUGAACGAGUGGGUAUGAUGCUUGCCAACCUCACAGCCACCCAGCCUAAAUUCAACCCGAAGAAACUAGAACUCCUGGGACUUAGCCUCGGUGCGCAUACUAUGGGUUUUAUAGCCAAGACCUAUACCAAACUUACAGGUCUUAAAAUCUCUAGACUCACAGGGAUGGAUCCGUCUGGUCCUUGCUUUCGAAAUCGAGACCCCAAGGGGAGAGUUGAUGACAGUGACGCUGACUUCGUCGAUUUAAUCAUGACUAAUAUUGACAGUCUAGGAAUGGCUGCUCCUGUAGGCCACGUCAAUAUUUACGUCAACGGUGGUGAAACCCAACCUGGAGAUCUAUAUUGGAUGGCGUGCGGGCCAUUCUGCAGCCAUGCUAGAUCUUUCACUCUGUGGAUGGCAGCCAUGAUUUAUCCAGAAUCGUUCAUAGCCAUAAAAUGUGAUUCUGUGCAAGACGCUAGAGAAAAAAAAUGCUAUAACAGAAGACCUUUGGAAACUAACCUGUUAGGACCAAAUGUUGAUAAGGACAAACCCGGAAUAUACUAUUUAGCUACGAAAAAUACUUAUCCGUUCUUUUUAGGAAAGGCUGGACUGAAGAAGGAACACGAUUAUAUUCUGAAACAGCUCUCAUUACUCAACAAAAAAGAAGAGUUGAUAUUGUAAUGUUUAAAUUUAAUAUUUUAGCACCUAAUAUAUAUGUUUGUAUGCAUUAAAUAGUAGCAUAUACCUAUUCAAUAUGAAAUUAUUUUUCAUAUAUCUCGUUCUUUAUAUCUAAGUGUAAGUGAAACGUAAACUUUUUAAAUUAGUAAAUAGUUACGAGUUGAUGUCCUUUCGAGAUGAUUAAAAACAAGUUCAUCAUAUCUUGAACUAUUAUCAGAUCUAUUUAUUUACUCACAAGUUGACGUCACCGUCUUAUACUUAAUUUUAAAAAAUCUGGCUAAAAUUUGCCUUAUACAAUUAUAUCUUAAUCUAGACCAGUACCUUCGCCUAGAGGCAGUCGACAGACCUCCAACGCAGUAGGUACAAAUUGUUUGUAUAAUAUAAAAAUGAAUGGCUUUUAUUGAUACGGUUAGCAGUUUGUGUAUCAACAAACUUUGCAAAAUAUUCAUAAAAACUUGCUAUGUAACGGUCGACAAAUCGAAGUUAUUGUGCUUCGAUUUGUCGACCGCAAUCGCAACCACCGAAUAGUCAGCAUGUUUACCGUGUUUUGAGAUCAAGUUACUUGAGUUGCAAAAAUAUGACGUUUAUCACCCUCUAGUUCAUGCCUGGAUAUGUAAAUAAUGAAAAUAUUAAACUUAGUUGUAUUUUUA